AUGUAUGCCUUUGACAGAUUAGGGAUACCGACAUUAGCCGUUGCACACGUAAAACAUUGCGAGAAGGAAAUCGAGAACGCUUUACAUGCAUUAAAAGACAUGAAGAAAGCUGAGUUGCAGAAAGCUACAGAAAAUAAGGAGUCAGCGAGGACAACCUUUAAGAAAGCAGUGGAUUCUUUCAAGGUCACGAAGCAGGCAUGUUAUAACAUGUGCUGCAGCACUUUCCCCGAAUGUGUUGUUAGAUCCAAUCAUGAUAAAGAGAUUGAUGAGGCAAUGGCCAUAUUUUUUGGCAACGUUCUACACUAUUGGAGACAGUACAAAGAGGGGAUCAAUAAACUGUCCACUUACUGUGAAAAGGCUUACCACAAAAUAAAAGAUAAGAAAGAAACCUUUUUGACCGAGUACGAUACUGGCACGCUUAGGGUUCAGGAUGAAAAAAAGUGGCAGGAACGUACAGACAUAAUGCAAAAAGUUGAUGAAAUAAAGGAAGAAAGGCAGAAGGUUGCAGAAAUAAUGGAGUGGUAUUACAGAGAAAGGGAGACACUGCUGCAAGACACGCAACAAACCAUGGCGAGGUUUAGGGAAUUCAUUGGAUGGAAAACGACACGAAGAUAUGAGUGA